CUAAAAAAAUAUAAGCAGCAAAAACACUUACUCAACUAAUACAACAGCGUAUAAAUUAAAUACAUAUAAUAAUAAUAAUGUCCAGGCCAAGACCUAACCUCCGUAUGACCAUACAAAAGGAACCAGAGCCGGAAUUAGUUCCACCACGCAAUCUGGACUCCAGUACCACCAUACAAAUUGGUGAUCGCACCUUUGAAAUUGAUGCUGAUAGUUUGGAGAAAAUAUGCGAUUUAGGUCGUGGUGCCUAUGGCAUUGUAGAGAAAAUGCGUCACGAACAGACGGGUACGGUGAUGGCUGUGAAGCGCAUCACGGCCACUGUCAAUCGCAAGGAACAAAAACGCCUUCUGAUGGAUUUGGAUAUUUCAAUGCGUUCCAGCGACUGUCCAUACACGGUACAUUUCUACGGAGCAUUGUUUCGUGAAGGUGAUGUUUGGAUUUGCAUGGAAGUCAUGGACACCAGUUUGGAUAAAUUCUAUCCAAAAGUUUUCAAAAAUAAUUUCAUUAUGGAAGAGAGUGUUUUGGGAAAGAUCGCAAUGUCUGUCGUCAAUGCCCUUCAUUAUUUGCAUGCUCAGUUAAAAGUUAUUCAUCGUGAUGUUAAACCAUCUAAUAUACUAAUAAAUCGCAAUGGUGAAGUGAAAAUGUGCGAUUUUGGUAUUUCAGGUUAUCUAGUGGAUUCUGUAGCCAAAACAAUUGAUGCUGGCUGCAAGCCCUAUAUGGCUCCCGAACGUAUUGAUCCCACCGGCAAUCCAGCCCAAUACGAUAUACGUUCCGAUGUCUGGUCAUUUGGUAUAAGUAUGAUUGAAAUGGCAACGGGUAAAUUUCCAUAUAAUACAUGGAAAACGCCAUUUGAACAAUUGCGACAAGUUGUCAAAGAUGAUCCACCACGUUUAGAGUCGGGAAAAUUCUCGACAGAAUUUGAAGAUUUCAUAACAAAAUGUUUGCAAAAGAAUUAUACAGCACGACCGAAUUAUGAACAAUUACUGCAGCAUCCAUUUAUAUCGGAACAUAUACAACGUAAUACGGAUAUUUCGAAAUUUGUUGCCGAUAUCCUGGACUUGCCUGAGUGAUGUUGUGCAACAAUGGGUGGUAUUGUUGCAGAGAGAAAAAUGUUCGACAACCAUUUACAAAAAAGCAAAGAAUUAGUUUAUAAGCUGUUGCCAUUUUCAUUUCGUAGAAAUUAACAUACAACAAAACA